AUGGGUGGAUCAUUUUAUGUGUCCAGGCAUGAUACUGGCAUUGGAAGACAUCACAGAAUUCCUGAGGUGAAAGAAAGGAUACUAAACACAGUAGGGGAUAAUCCUUCAUCAAGCUCUAGAGCAGUAGAACGUGCACUGGGUGUGAGCCUUGCAACUGUUUUGAGGACUUUACAUGAAGAUGGAAUACAUCUGUAUCAUUUACAGAGUGUGGAUUUGGGAAGGACUUUUCUUCCAUUGCAAGACACCUUCACAAGUUACCAGAGACCAAGCAAAAGUCUUAAAGAAUGUGAGGAUUCAUUUAAACAACUGAAAGAGGCUUUAACAUUUGCUCUAGUCCUGAUGUAUCCUCAUCUUGACAAACCAUUUAUUCUUGACAUGGAUGCAAGCAAUGACACAUUAUUUUUAAAUGCAGCCAUGGAUUCAAAUGUAGUAGUUCGGAAGCAAAUGAUACAGUCAUUAACUGCAGUUUUAGGUAAUUACUAUGAUAAUUCUUUGGUUCAAAUGUACUGGAUAAAGUGUAUCUUUCCACUUGUGAAGGACCCGGAAACUGGUGUCCAAGUUAAAGCUCUGAUGGCUAUGGAAGAACAAUUUUUGCAGAACAUUUUUUCAAAUGAUCAUACAGAAAGAAACAUUGCUUUUAGUUUAUUAAACCAUCUAUCAAAUGGCCAACUUCUAUCAUACAAGAGAUAUCUUCAGAAAGCUUUUAAUAGUUGGAAAUCAGAGAACAGACUAAGAUAUCAGGUAGUUGGGCAACUGGAAAAGCAUUUUGGAAAAGAUAAGGACAAGUGCAUUUGGUUUUACUUAUCUAUUUUUGCAGCAUAUUCUAAACUACCUCCAAAAAUCUGUUCACAUAUUGAAGAUACUGAAAAAUAUACAAAUACUGAAAAUUUCCCUGACUUCAUGGAUCUCGUAUUAAAAGUUCUUGGCUAUGCGCUCAAUAGUUUACCAGAGGGAAAACUUAGAGUUAUUGGAGAUAUAUUUAAGAGAAACUUGUUGCAAUUUGUUGUUCCUGUGGAACUGAUACCCAUAACAAUUGAAGUACUGCAUAAAAUUGAAAAGCAUCUUGAAAAUCAAGAGGAAUUUUCAAAAUUUUCAUCAGAAAUUACUGAGGUAUCUGUAGACUGUUUGUCUCAGUUUGUGUUUGAAAGGCAUCUAAAAAAUACUCCAUCUGAAGAACUAAUUGUCAAACAUUUGAGUGUGGUAAAAGAAUUUUGUCAAAUAUCUCCAUCAUACAUUUCAGAUGAAUUUAUCUUAAUUUUGAAAACAUUCAUUUCUUCAAACACUAAUG